UUUAUAUGAAAAAAUAAUUUAAUUACCAUGGAAAAUAGAAAACAAACACACCCUUAAACUUGUCUGACUUUUGAAGCGGUUAAAUAGGGCAUUCUUAGGCUUAUGAAAGAUCAUUCUUUUCUAUACUCUUAAAACUAAUAUCUCUUAACCACAAUGAAAAUCACUCCAAAGAAACCUCACUUUCUUAAACCCAUGCGCCCUGGUUUCAAGCAAGGAAUUAAAAUUCCUAGAAGUUUCUUGAUAAAGUAUAUGAAGAGACACAAUCACUACGAACAUGCAAUAUUGAAAAGGGCAGAUAAAAAGUGGCAAGUGAAAGUGAACAACGGACUGUUCGAAAGCGAUUGGGAAAAAUUUGUAGAGCAACAUGAUUUGCAGUUGGGAGAUAUUUUGGUAUUCAAACAUGAAGAAAAUAUGGAUUUUAAAGUUUCCAUAUUUGAUUUAUAUCAAGAAUGUGAGAGAGAAUAUGAAGAAGAAGAACUAAAGGCACAAAAUGUUGAAGAGAUUUCCCAGAAAUUUGAAUCUAAAGAAUCUGCUACCCCCAAAGCUUGUUCUCAUUUCGUAUUGACUGUUAAACCCCAUUGUCUCUCAAUGGAUGUCUUGAACAUACCAAAAAAAUUUGCAUUGGCAAAUGGUCUCUUCAAUGUCAAGAAACUUGAUUUGAUUGUCAUAGAUGAAAGACAAAGAUCGUGGCCUGUAAUAUUACGUUCAUAUGGUAAUUGCGUAUAUCUUAGAGGUGGAUGGAAUAAAAUUCGUGAUGCAAAUUGCUUGAAGGAGGGAGAUCACAUAACAUUUGAGGUUGUUACCGGUGGAGAAAAAUCAGUAUGGCAAUUUCAUAACAAGCCAAACCACGACAUCAAGUCAUCAAGCAAAACUUUUCCCCAUCCAGAGACUUCAAUUCACAAGCCUCUUGAUCAUUCUCAAUUUGUAUGCACUGUAAGACCCUAUAGCCUCUCAAGGGAUGCCUUGUUAAUCCCUAAACAAUUUGCAUUGGCAAAUGGUUUAUUCAACUUCAAGGAGUGCAAUUUGAUUGUCAGAUCAGAUGAAACACAGAGGUCGUGGAAUGUAAUGUUACGUUCAUAUAGUAAUAAGGACUUGUAUCUUACAAAUGGAUGGAAUGAAAUACGCGAUGCAAACCACUUGAAGGAGGGAGAUCACAUUCUGUUUGAAGUUGUUACUAAUGGAAAUGAACCAAUAUGGAAAUUUCAUGGCAAAGAUGCAGCAUCAUUCAAGAGGUUGACUGAAGGAUAAAACUGUCUGUGAUGGAAAAGAAAGAGGAACAGUGAAGAAACUGAACAUCCCCCCUCCUUUUUAGAUUUUGCAAUUACCCUAUUUGGGAUCGUCAAUAACUAUACUAUUUUGAUCCUUCGAAACAAUUCGAUGAAUUUAGUAAAUUAUUUGUAGAUGUUCUAUUGACAAUUGAUUGAACCUUUCUAUUUCUUACAUUGCGAAGUUGAUUGUUCAAUCUUAACUGUAUUGUACCUACGGUUUUCUUUCAGCAUUAGUCAUGCAGCUCAUCCAAUGUUAUAUUAA